GGCCCCUGUCAUUCCAUCUUUCAGCUCUGAACUCCACAACCUCUUUGUAAAUGUCGAUUUUAAUGGAAUCAACCUGUUUCGAGUGAAUACCACCAUCUUAGAAUAUUGCCCAUUUUGGGGGCAACAACCUGAAGCGCCAGAUGGCCACAAUACCUUCCGAUUGCCAUAAUUACCCUCCCGAGAACUACCGAAGUCCCCAAUUCCCAUCCCUCUGCUGGCCUCCUCAAGACCCCUUCUGCUCCUUGUAUACAAUAUGGGACUCGUGGCGAUACACCCUUCUCUGGACUCUGAUCCUCUACGCGCUGUUUCACCUCGGUGCUACCGGUAUCGCCUUGUCCAUGCAGAUUGGAAAACCGCGAACGGUAUGGAAGUACUUGUUGGUCCUCCCGCUUGUCUACGCUUUUGUCGCGGGAGUUGAAGCUUUGUUUACCGGGAGUAUUGUUGGGCUAGUACUCGGCGCUGUCUACAUUUCCGGAUGCUACUCGAUGCCGACGUGGAUACCAUUCAUCUGGGGAUGGAUAAACACCUUGGUCUUGAUCGUCUCUUCUUUCACGAUACAGGGAGGUCUAUAGGGCUUCGCUUCUUGCCGAUUUGUCCUAGACCUCCAAAGACCCGAGAAUAGCUAACCCGAAGGUACUUUUGAUGUGGCACCAGUGCGUAGUUAUGCUACGAGAAGCCAUAUUGAACGAUAACAGGUAUUCCUCCGUUCUUCGACUGCUGACGGCAACAGCCGACGAUGAGCAAAACUUUGGGACUAUUGUCGACCACACAAGGUUUAGAACUAAAGUAUAUGUUCUUAGGCCCAUCGGUACGAAUAGAAAGCUGACAGAUGAAGUUAGGAUAAUUAAAAUAUGAUCGAUAUCAUGGGGUUUUUACUAUACUAGCCUGGUUACUUGGACCGUACCACGACACUGGCGUUUUUCUUGAGUGUUGGCAUGGGAAGAGGGAGGGAGUCUUGAGAUAUCCCAAAUUCAUAGCAGCAGAUGUCAUAGGAGAGAGUAAGCCGGUAGUAUAGUGAUACCGCAUUCAACAAAUGACAAGCUCGCCAAGGCGGAUCUGAGGAUUCUGGAACGUGCCACUUGUUCACUUAGACUCCGUAUGAAUUCGGAGGCGAAGGCCUGACAUAUAUGCAUACAUUUUACGCAGCAAGGUCACCAGCCUACGAAUUCCUUUUAGGGAAACCGGACUACCGUGUAGAAGAAUAGAAUUAAUCCAUCCCGAGACAUGGAUGCUUUCUUCAUCUCUCAUCUCUCAGUGUCGAACAAUAUACUUCAGUGCUAGG